AUGCAAAAAACAUAAGAAAAAAUACUAGAUGAAAAUAAUACAUGCACAUAUUAGUUUUGUGAGAGCAAAGGUUUAUUUUAAUAAUUUUGUUUAGCAAAGGCUUUAGAAAAAUAAGAAAAGUGGUAAGAAGCUGUUUAAUGUUGGGAUGAAGGAAUUGCUAAAUUAAAAAGAGCUCCUUUUUUCCAAGCAAAAAAGGUACACUGAAUAAACUAAUAUGGUUAGCAAAAGCAUUAUAAAAUUUAGGAAAAUGGAAAGAAGCUACUGAAUGUUGGGAUUAAGAAAUCAAUAAAAACAAGAAUAAUAGAGUUUUUUAUGUUUGGAAAGGUAAUAUUAAAGUAACCAAAUAGCAUAGGCUUUAAAGAUUAAAGUCUUUCUCAGAAUAUUUUUUUCAAAGGGUUACUAAACAAGAGGUAAAUUGUCUUUAAUUAAACUACUAUAUCAAUAUUUUUUUGUUAUCUAGUUUGUCAAAAUAUGAUGUAGGAGGCUAUUGAUUGUUGGAAUCAAGGAAUUUUAAAUAAUCCUAAUGACAGAGGAUAUUAUGAAGAAAAAGGUAAAGCAAUUCUAUAUCCUAAUUGAGCUAUGGCACUACUAAACCAAAGAAGGAAUUUAGAAGUCAUUAAGUGUUCAGAUGAAGUGAAUGCGAUAUUUCAAGAAAGUGAAGCCAUAAAUUUUAUAAGAAGUAUUUUUUCAAUUAUCAUUAGUUUAUGCCUUAUUAAAAUGUAAAGGAGUUAUUACUUUUUAAAAAUUACAAAAUGAAUUCCUAUUAGAUAAUUUGAAACUAUUGAAAAAAGCUAUUAUAGCAAGAAGACUUGCAAAACAGGAUACUACUUUUCAAAAAAGUCAACUUUGA